AAACGGAGACAUGUGAUCAGGAGGGCAGACUCUAGCCUGGCUGGUUUGUUUAAAAGAUGAGGAAUGAAGCACUGGGACUCAGACCUGAACCUUAAUCAGACAAUCUCAGAAAUCAGAAUCGUCUCCUGCCACUGAAUCCAAUUCAAGAAUGAAGAAGAUCCUGCUGGUGACUCUGCUUCUUGCUGGGAUGAUAAUAAGUGGUUCUGCCCUACAAUGUUACUUCUGUGUUCCUGAGAGUGGGAAGCCUUGCAAUCCCACCAUAGAAAACUGUGGCCCUGGAAAAGAUACCUGCUUUCAAGGCGUACGCAGCAUUCCCAGUUUAAUCCAGAAGAAAUGUAUGCGUAUGGAAGAGUGUGAGGACAAGCGGGACAGUCGUUCCAUGAGAGUCCAGUGCUGUCAGACAGACCUCUGCAACAAGUAGCCACUCAAUAAUGCUCACCAGCAUUGUAAUGGCAAAUGAAUGAAAAAUGUAGAUUUAGUUAUAUAUAACAUCUGCAUAUGAUUUAUAUGUUUGUGUUUUUAUUACUCAUGUAAUUCAUGUAUUAAAUCUGGGACUCACCAUC